GUAUAUGCAGUGACUGACUGGCUCACUAGACGUCACAGUGUAUCAACACCGGCACAGGCAAAUGGACAAGGAAAGAGGGGGCGAGAAGGUGCUUUCCAGAAAAAGAAGCUUCACUUUUGGGGCUUAUGGCGGGGUCGACAAGUUCAUUGGUACUGAAGAAGCACGAUCGGAGUCCAUACAGCACAGCAUAUUAGACAUUCUUGAUCCCCCCCCCAAUGAGGCGAAACCUCUCCUUCCUGCUGCUUCCGGCCAGAGGGAUGCCGAGCUUUUUGAGAUAAUUGAAAAACUUCAGGGAAGUCGGCUUGACGAGCAGCGCUGCGAAUUCCCUCCUCCCGUGAAGCUUUUAAAAAUUAGUGGGGUCCUCCCUUUGAUCAUUCCCCCUAAAUGCGGAGGCUACUGGAUAGAUCCGCCUUUGGAGAAGUUCGCUGCCAUUAGUCCCAGCUUAUGUGAGCCAGGACAAGCUACAGAGAGUUACGACAUCAUGGAGAGAGACCUGGAAACGAAGAUCUACAGAGAAUGUUUCAGAUCCAAAUAUCAUCACUCAUUCACAGCAGUAGAUACAGCUUUAGGAUCCCUCAUUCUCUCUGUCUGCUUGGAGGAGGAGGAAAAGAGAAUUAGAGUCAUACUGAGAAUGAAAGAAUGCACACUGCAUGGAGUUUUCUCUCUCUCUCUCUUCCAUCGUUUCCCUAAUGCUGUAGAGCUGGCUAAGAUGCUUUGCAAUAACGUAACCGUGACCCGAUUUGAACCGGUCAGCUACCUUAAGGCCCCGGAACUUAUCACAACAUUUGACGAGCACAGAGUGUCACAAAACUUCAAGUUUGGUGUUUUAUACCAGAAAGAGGGACAGCUGACAGAGAAAGAUAUACUGAGCAACAAUGACGAGAGUGAAGAGUUUCGGGACUUUCUUUCCAUUCUGGGGGAGACAGUUAAGCUACAAGGCUUUACCGGGUUUAGAGGAGGUUUGGAUGUGUGUCACGGUCAAACAGGAAGUAAAGCCGUCUACACCUCCUUUUCUGGAAGGGAAAUAAUGUUCCACGUAGCCACAAAACUGCCUUUCACAGAAGGUGACACACAGCAGCUGCAGAGGAAAAGGCACAUCGGCAAUGAUAUUGUUGCCCUGGUUUACCAAGAAGGUCAAGUCCCAUUUGUUUGUGACAUCAUCAGCUCCCACUUCCUUCACUGCUUCAUUGUUGUUAGGCGAGUUCAAGGAGAAGAUGGAGCUAAGGAGGGAGGAAGGGGGCUGUUUCAGGUGUGCGUCACAGCCAGGGAGGACGUGCCCCCGUUUGGCCCAUCCCUCCCAGAUCCCCCCACAUUCACGGAGUCUUCUCAACUGAGAGAAUUUCUCCUUACCAAGCUCAUCAAUGCAGAGAUAUCCUGUUAUCAGGCUGCACGAUUCAAUAGACUGGAGCUGCGCACGCGUUCAUCGCUUCUUGAGGGACUCCGAUCAGAACUGAGCGCCCAGUCGCAGUGCAUGCUGGGGGAAUCGCCCCCUCAGGCCCUCUCGCAGCCUGAAAGCGGUCGCACAGGAUCAGAAGGAGGUGGCGGCUUCAUCGAAAACUUCAAGAGAGCCAUAAGGGUACGGAGCCACUCCUUUGACAACCUGGGGGUCCCAAAGAAGAUAGUAGGAGGAAGUGCACAGAAGUCCAGGGCAACUCAUAUGAAUUCAUGUUCAACAGAAAAAGAGGGAGAAAGUGAGUCCGCAAACAAGCAGUUGGGAAGCCACGUUCAGGUCAAUGAGAGCCCCGGCUCUAAGGAUACUAAAGAUCAAAGCAGCCCGCAAGAAGAUGUGUAGCCAGGAAUAUGUGUAGCUCUUCUAUUUUGUUUCAUCUGUCAUCACCCAGAUGGAUUUCGCAUUGAGCCCUACAUUGAACGCAGGCAUGGCAUGCCAAGGUAAACAGUGCUUCGGUAACAUGCACAAAUCCCUCUUCAUACAUUAUAACUGGAAAUCCUUCUGUGAAACACGACUGUCAUGUAAGUUAACUGAAUGGUAAUUCAACCCUAAAUUCAUGCUGUUUAAGUCAGAUGGUUAGAUAUGCAGAGUCUGAUGUUGUGAUUUAUAGACCUCUUGUUUUUUCUAUAAUGAAACCGACUCCAAUUCAUGUACAGAAAUAAGAAAUACUAACAAAUAAAAGGAAAGAAAACAAAACAUACUGGACAAGGGGCUGGAAAACAUUGAUGGAUGAGUGUAUGCUUACUGUAUAUAGUGGCCACGGUGAUACGGUCUCUAGAUUUAUCAAGGUUUCAGACAAAUCUGGGACUUUCCAACAAUCGAGUGGCUAUCAGUAUUUUAUUUAAAAACUUCAAAAAUCAAUUUUAAUAAGGCCGUUAUUUUUUUCUUUCCUUUUUUACUUUGUACUAUAUAGCGUCUAGUACAUCUUACCGUACACCUCUAGCACCACGGUUCAAAUCUGUGCCUUGAAUCCAUUAAUUGGGUGUUAACUGUGUGUCUUCCCCAUCCUGCGUUAUUCCAUGCCUUGUGGGUACGGACGGAUUUUCCACUUUUUAAAAUUUUAUUUUGACGGCAUUUGGCGACUGCAGGCGAUUUCCCAUUGCAAACUGUGGGCAGCAUUACCUGGCAAUUUACAGUUUUGUGUUUUAAAAGAAAUAAAUUAAAUUAUUACAAAAAGAUUCACGUGUAAAGUGUGCCAUUGAAUUACUACGAUAAAUGAUUGUUUGCGUUAGUUUGUAAACAACAAUCGCAGCAACGGAAUUGCAUACGCGAUCGUUUCUCAAGGAGAAAACCGCAUUGUGAUAGUGUACAGGAAGAGGCGCCCGUAGUCCAAUCCGUUCAUAUCCGGGGUAACCUUUGGUACCGUCUUCUCUCACAAGUACGAGUUAAGUAA